UAAGUAUCCGUUGGGCUUCAUAAGGCGCGUCAAAACGCGUUGUCACUUUCUUCCUGAAACUCAACUCUCUGACUUUCAACUCCGGAGACAAACUCAGUUCCCAGGAGCAUCUUAGAGAGAGAGAGAGAGAAUCUGCCAAAUCUCACUUUUGUUUUGUAUUUGAAGAAGAAGGAUAGAAAAUGGUAGCAAGAACUCCUCCCAAGCUUCAGCAGCGGCACACGGCGGCGGCUCCUCUCAACCCUAUUCUCCUCCGUCAAAUUCUCAACAAGGUUGACAAGUGUAUGGCUAGUUUGGAAGAGCUGCAGUACACAGUGAAAGGAAGGGGUAAGGGGGUGAGUUCUGGAGUGGUUCUUAGCCCUAGAAGCACCAGAGCCUAUUCAAGGACUAGCCAUAGGUGUAAACAGGAAUCUCUCAGGAUCAGGAAUGCUACUUCUAACAAGUCUCCCCAAGGAAAGUUGCCUAUAAAUGCAGCAGAGUGGAAGAGAAUGUCAUUACCAGCAAUGCUGCUAGGAGAGACGGUGAAUGAAAUUCUACAAGCAAGUCAGUUAGCAAGAAAAGUAGUGGAAGCAGCUGCCUCUGAUGACAACCCCAAAACUCCUCCACUCACGAUUAGGCGAAACAAGAAUCCGAUCCCCGAAAAUUCUGAGCUUAUUGCCCGAAGGAAAAGGGAGAAAGAACAUACUAAAUAUGUCCCUGCAGGUGCUCCCUCCAUUAGGUGUGCCAGAUCGCGUAUAAACUUCAAGCGUUCUCCUCCUCUGCACAAGAAAGAAGAAUGUGAAAAUGAAAACUUAUGUAAGUACAUAGCCAAAAGGGUGUCUCCUAGGAAGAAUAGGCCAUGGGCUAGAAAGACUGUUCUUUUCCCCAACCCUUUGUUCCAUACAUCCCCUCCAACUUCACAACAGAAGCUCGGCAGAAAAACUCAGCUAAAGACACCACCACACAAAUUCUUGAUCAAGUCUCCCCCUCAGCCGCCUUUUAGCAGAUUUCAGGUCAAAAUCAGGAAUCCUCCAUUGUCUAUAUCUCCUCCUACAAGAAAAACUCAGCUAAAGACACCACCACACAAAUUCUUGAUCAAGUCUCCCCCUCAGCCGCCUUUUAGCAGAUCUCAGGUCAAAAUCAGGACUCCUCCAUUGUCUAUAUCUCCUCCUACAAGAAGAGCUGUAGCUGCUAAGAAGUCUCCACAGAUUACUAUGGCUGGUAAGCUGAAAAGAUUAUCAUUUUCACCUUCAAGGUUGGCAAACAGGCUGCUGCUAGUAUCAUCAUCACCCUCAAAGAUGAGAAGAUCAUUUUCGCCUUCAAGGCUAGCAAAAAAACUUGUCUCUCCAUUGAGGAGUAGUCGGAAAUCUGUACAGGAGAACACUGUUGCUAUGAAGAUGAUGAUGAGCGGAUUGAAACAACAACGAUCAUGUAGUGCUGCUUCAUCGCAAAUGCAAUUCCCAGCUCGGAGAUUGUGAAUUGUUGGUGGGGUUUGGUUCCUUUUAUUUGCACAUUGCGUUUCCUAUGUCUAUACUUCAAUUCGAUUUUGUACAAAUUUAUAGAGGGAAGUCCUCACUCAAGGACAAUGAAAUACUAAUUCUUUGUGUACUACUGAUUUCUUUUUUGUGUUAAGAUGGAGAAUGUUGUGUUUGUGUUUCAAUGCGUCAGAGCAGUGUGGAACUUUUAUUUACAUGAUAAUA